AUGUUUUCCAACGCUCUCAAAUCGUUCCAAUCCAACAUCUCGAGCAACUACUCCAUCGCGCCGCAACCGAGCAGCACAGCAGGACCAUGGAAGAUAUUCGAUGCGAAGCGAAAGCAGACGGGCAAGGCGGCUUCGGUGUUCGUGUUUGAGAAAAAGAGCUUGGAAGCUCCGAGUGGUGGGUUGGGUGGGAGGAGCAGUGCGAGCUCGCUGAAACGCGCUCAUGAAGAGGUUCUGGAGCGGUUGAAGAGGGAAGCGAGUAGUCUUGCUCGAUUGCGACAUCCUUCCAUCUUGGAGCUGGCUGAGCCGGUGGAAGAGACAAGGAAUGGGGGUUUGAUGUUCGCGACGGAGCCUGUGACGUGUAGUCUGGCGGCGUUGCUACAGGAGAAAGAUGAGCAAGAGCGGACAGGUGGCCGGGCGAGCAGAUAUGUCGUGGAAGAGUCAGACGGCACACGCAAGAGGAGGGAAUUAGAGAUUGAUGAGUUGGAGAUACAGAAAGGGCUAUUGCAGCUGGGCAAAGGACUGGAGUUCUUGCACGAGAGUGCAGGUCUGGUCCAUGCGAAUCUGACGCCUGAGGCUGUGCUGGUGAACCACAAGGGAGACUGGAAGAUAUCUGGACUGGCAUUUUGUGGCCCUCACGAGAGCAGUACGGCGGCGACAUCCCUACCACCUAUAAGUCUGCACGAAGUGCUCAAUCAUGAUCCACGACUGCCCCGGCUUGUGCAAUUGAAUCUGGACUUCACCAGCCCGGAUUUUGUGUUGGACAAUAGUCUGACGGCGUCGGCAGAUCUCUUCAGCCUGGGACUUUUGAUUGUCGCACUGUAUAACCAUCCUCAUACUUCGCCAAUAAGUGUUGGAGGGUCACCUUCUUCAUACAAGAGGGUCUUCUCCAGCUCUUCUACGGUACCGACCCAGAACAACAACUUCCUUGUACCAUCAUCUCAUCCGCUGCCGCCGAAGCUCGCAUCAGAGCUCCUGCCACGGCUCAUAACGAGACGACCAGCCCAACGAAUGUCAGCGAGGGAGUUUCAAGAGGCCAGCUACUUCGAUAACAUCUUGGUGUCUACGAUUCGAUUUCUAGAUGCGUUGCCGGGCAAGACUCCAAACGAAAAGACCCAAUUCAUGCGAGGAUUGCCGAAGAUCAUGCCCCAGUUCCCCAAGAGCGUUCUCGAAAAGAAGGUGUUGCCGGCAUUGCUUGAGGAGAUGAAGGAUAAGGAUCUGCUUGCACCGAUCAUGACCAAUGUGUUCGCUAUGGUGAAAGCAAUGCCCACUGGCAAACGUGCAUUCACAGAGCGUGUGGUGCCAAAACUCAGGGAGAUCUUCAUCACGAAUAGAUCAGCAGAAAAAGAUACCUCCAAGGAGGCUGGGUUGAUGAUCCUUCUGGAAAACAUGGAGACUGUUGCGGCCAACUGCUCUGGCAAGGAGUUCAGGGAUGACAUCCUGCCGAUAAUCCUGGUUGCCAUUGAGUCUCCUACUCACGCUCUGGUCGAUGCGGCCCUCAGUACACUGCCAUUCGUGUUGACUGUGUUGGACUUUUCCACAGCGAAGAAUGAGCUGUUCCCUGUCAUUGCGAAUGUUUUCGCCAAGACGAGCAGUCUGGCCAUCAAGAUUCGAGGUCUGGAGGCGUUCUACACGUUAUGUGGCGGUACACCCUCUGGAGACAGCUCGAACGACGAUGAUCUGAAUGGCAUUGGUGUGCCUGACAAGAAGAAAAACUCAUCAAGUAGCGUCAUUUUGGACAAGUAUACUGUGCAGGAGAAAGUUGUCCCAUUAAUGAAGGGGAUAAAGACAAAGGAGCCCGGCGUGAUGAUGGCGGCACUGCGAGUUUUUCGACAAGUCGGCGAGGUGGCUGACUCCGACUUCUUGGCUAUGGAGGUUCUACCGAUCCUCUGGAGCAUGAGUCUGGGGCCGUUGCUCAAUCUGCAGCAAUUCCAAGCUUUCAUGAGCUUGAUCAAGAGCAUGGGUGGGAAGAUUGAGCGGGAGCACACGAGAAAACUACAGGAGCUAUCGUCCAGCAACGGCACAGCGGGUGUUGGCAGAGUCAACGCAGGUAGUCGUAAUGCCAUUGGCGUAUCUGGAUCGAGCAACGAAUUGAGCAAUGGUGACGAUGCGGAUUUCGAGACCCUCGUUUCUGGACGCAAACAGGCAGACAACAACGACCUCAUGAACGACUGGGGAGCGCCGGCCGCGGUCCCUGCGAACCCUCGAAGUUCGUCCUCGUCCAAACUCAACGACACUCCUACCUUUUCGUGGCAGACACCAGCGUCCGGCACAAGAACGCCUCAGCCAGCGAUGUCUUCUAUUCGGCAGCAAUCGUCCACACAACGAUCAAUCACACCUGAUCUUGCAGCAUUCACUGCUCUGACGCCAAACAGCCAGUUCUCCCAGCCUUUGCAACCCGGCCGCUCUACCAGCUCAUCAACCUCGACCAUGCCAAUGCGGCCAGCGCAGCAGUCGAACGCCUCGAGCGGUUCCAGCAUUGACUGGUCCGCAGCCGCUAAGAGUCCAACGUCACGGUCGACUCAGCAGUCUAAUAUAAAUGGCAUCGGAGGCGCGCCUAGGUCGACAGGAUCGUUUGGCAUACCACCGCCACCUACAAGCCCUCAAGGGAUAGGGCAGUCGAGUUAUAACUUCCCAAGCUUACAGCCGCCAGCAGCCGCGCCGGCCCAGCAACAGCAGCAGAGUGGUAUGUCCGGCUCGCAGAAGUCCGGUCUUGACAAGUAUGAGAGCUUGUUGUAG